CCAUACACUUUCCGGCCCAAUUAACACCAAAAAUCUCACAUUCACACCCACAAUGAAUAAUAUAGCCACCGGAAUCCCAUUAUCAUUAUCAUCAUCUUCUUCUUCCACUUUAUUCAAUCUCAAUCGCUAUCGCCAAUUUCUUAUCACCUCAUUUUCUUCUUCUUCUUAUGAACCCCAAAUUAAACCAAGAUUUUAUAGAAAAGUUACAAUGUCUUCAUCUUCAUAUGCAUCCCCGGCGGCCAAUUCCGGUGUAACACCGUCGGUUCCCGGAGACCCAGUUACGGAAAUUAGCAAGAAGCCGCCGCCGCCGCCGGCAAAGCAAUAUCCUUGGCUGAUUGUCGGUCUUGGAAACCCUGGCAAAUUGUAUAACCGCACUAGACACAAUGUGGGUUUUGAGAUGAUUGAUGCAAUAGCAGAAGCUGAGGGUAUUCCCGUUAGCGGUGUUUCUUUCAAAGCAUUCUUUGGGAAAGGGUCUAUUGGAAAUGUACCAUUGAUGCUUGCUAAGCCUCAGACUUUUAUGAAUGUUAGCGGUGAGUCUGUUGGAGCAAUUGUUUCUUUCUAUAAGAUUCCACCUAAACAAGUACUCGUGAUUUACGAUGACUUGGAUUUGCCUUUUGGAAAGUUGCGGCUAUUGCCAAAAGGUGGACAUGGUGGACACAACGGGAUGAAGAGUGUGAUCAAUCAUCUCAAAGGCAGUCGUGACUUUCCGCGUUUAAGAAUAGGCAUUGGGAGGCCUCCUGGCAAGAUGGAAGCUGCUAGCUAUGUUCUUCGGCGAUUUACCAAACAAGAAAGCGAUGAGCUGGAGUUUACUUUCCAAACUGGCAUUGAAGCGGUUCGGAUCCUUCUACUGCAAGGUUUUGAUAAGAGUGCGACAUUUGUUAAUAGUUUGAAACCCAUGAAGGUAUAAAUAACUGUAGAACAUCCAUGGGUCAAGACAGGUAUAUGGGGAAUAAGAAAUGAUUAACUUAUCUGUCAGCCAACCAUUUCAAGGUGAUUAUUAUUUUUUUGACAUGCAUAUAUAGCUUUUUAAAUAGCGAUAGACUAGCUAUUGUUAGGUUAUUCUUUUAAAAUUGUGUGAAAAAGGAUGUAAUUGAUUUGAGAUUUUAGCACAUACAAAAUUUACGUAUGGUAAAGAUUUUGAACUUUUAUCAUAUAGAUGUGAAUUGAUAUCUA